CACGGCUAACGUCCUUCAUCGCGAGCCUCGGGUCACCUGCAAGGCUCCACGAGAACCGCCAUUGUCUCGCCGCCAUAUAAAACGGAGCCGGAGGUGGGAUCCUCACACUGGCGUUCCCACCUUCCUUCGCAUCGCACUGAUUCUCGAGAUGACGCUCAAAGCUGUAUUUAUUGCUGCUUUUGUCACUCUUCUAGUGACAUGUGUCGCAGCAGGGCCACUGGCUGAGCCUGGGUAUGGCCACGGUGGACACGGAGGAUACGGCCAUGGUGGGCAUGGAGGAUAUGGCCAUGGCGGACACGGAGGGUACGGCCAUGGUGGGCACGGAGGAUAUGGCCACGGUGGACACGGAGGGCAUGGCCACGGUGGACAUGGUGGAUAUGGACAUGGCGGGCACGGCGGAUAUGGCUGCAAGCUGCUCGAGAUCCUCGGCUCGCACGGCCCCGCGAUAACCGCCAUUGUCUCGCCCCAUGUAAAAGGGAACCAGAGGCAAUCUCCAACUUCCAGUUAA